GUGGCUCUCGUGAUCGACAGCAAUCAGUGCGACUUUUUACCUUCAGAAGAAUAUCUGCAAAACACAAGCUAUGACAGCAAUCAACAAAGAUUGACACAGCUAACGUGUGUUGGGUGUCGGCGAGUCGUUGAAGUGGAUUAUCCUGCAGAACGGGGUCAUUGCUCUCAUCUCAUUUUGCAGUCAAUGGAAGCUAUGCAACAAAAUCACUUAAUAAAAAACGAUUUUUGUUAUAAGCAGAUUCAAGCAGAGAAUGAAACGACUAAAAGAUGCGAUAAACACAACUGCCACUCACAGAAGAGAGUUAGAGGAAAACCCCCACCGGGUGAAUCUGAUUUUUAGUUUCUCAAUACACCGGCUAUUCUCCUUUCCACAUAAGUAUUUACGGAAAAAUUUCAAUGCCCUCCGCAAACUCGCAGAACUUGGACUAUACUACGUGAAAGAAAACGAGUGGGUCGAGUAUCUGCGUUGUAAUUUCUGUAGCUUAACAAUAAAUCACGAGGAAUUAAAAGAAUAUUUUGCUAGAGGCAAUGAAAAUGCUGAAAAGGAGAUUUUAGAACGGCAAAACCAAUUCAAUUGUAGACUCAACUCAGAUGACUCAAAAAAUGUGCCGAUGGGAAAAAAUUUCAGCUGCAAGAAUUAUAAAUAUGAAGCACACCGUCUGUACUCGCUGCUGAAAAAAUCUGACUGGUUGUACGUCGGCCCGUUCAGUUUGGCAAAAAGUGGAUUUUACUACACUGGAGAUGGGGACAACGUCCGAUGCGUAUUCUGCAAUUUAGAAGUUCGAGGUUGGGAGGAGGGAGACACGCCGGACGGAGAACACCAACGUUGGAACCCGAAUUGUCCUUUUUUGCGCAACAGGCAAAGCGUUCAAAACAUAAAGAUCGGAGACGAGACGGUUGACUUGCAGCACGACAGCCUUUCGAGAAUACACUUAGGUGCGAGUCUUUUAAGCCAGUCGGAGAGGCUGCGUAAAUACGGACCAAAUCUUCAUUUAGUUAGAAGCACCAACCUUUUUCUUUUGACACCUCAAGAUUUAAACAUCCAAGAUUGGUAUGCACCUUUGAACGCGCGGUUCGUAACACUUAAAAGCAGACAAGAUUCUUUCAAGAAUCUUUGGCCGAGAAGCCAUAAGCAAACAUCACUCGAAUUAGCACAGGCUGGAUUUUUUUACACCGGAAUCGGAGACCGUGUAAUCUGCUUCUACUGCAAUUUGGGCUUGAAAGAUUGGGACCCAAACGACGAUCCUUUCGUUCAACAUUGCAAAUGGAAUUCAAGCUGUCAAUAUCUAUUGAUGCGCAAGGGUCACAGUUUUGUUGAGAAAGUGUUGCAUGGUAACGAAAAUUUAGAAAUUUCGGCUACCUGUGCGAUUAGGGUUGGGAAACGCAGCGAUUUGAAGUGUCUCAAGUGCAUUAAAAACAAUGUGUCCAAAUUAAAUCUGCCUUGUGGUCACGUAGCAUAUUGUAGCGAAUGCUCUGAGCCUUCUUGCACAAUUUGUAAUGAAGAAGUUAUAGCAGAAAUUCAUUUGCCAGGCUUUUCGGAUUUGCAAGGGUAAGAAAAUAUUUCUCUCGCGGGCUCUUAUUAUCAUAGAUGCAAUCAGCAUAACUGGGAAUAGCCUACUGUAUUGAAGAAUUAAAAAUUUCAACCACGUAAACAAUUUGUAAUCAUAUAACGCACGGAAAACACUGCAAUUAAUGAAAUUUAUUUUUGCCUGUAAUUGCCUUUAUUAUCCACGCAGAGCCGGGAGGCCUCUAAAAUGAAAGAAUUAUGUGGGGCGCUCCUACUGAAAAAUAAAUGUUUGUGCACGUCGCGUCGAAUGACGGCUCGGCGUGGGACCCGCGGGUUAUCAACGUUUGGAUAAAACUUUGUUUUAUCCUGUAAAGCGCGUCGUACGUUUUUAUACUAUUUUUCCAUUCUACUCUCUGCUUAUAACAUGCCUGAAAACUUAAAUGUAUUACUAUUGACCGAACAUGUUUAUUGCUGUUUGUUGAUAGGACAUAAAGGACAAAAAUUAUUCAAAUACAAUUUCUUAACAAUCAGCUACGAAUAUGAAUCAGCAACAUUUAUUAAUUUAUAGACCCGUAUUCGGGGUUAAGCCUUUUUGUGAAAAAUUAUUUGUUGUAUGCAAUGAAUUAUUUAUUGUGGUUAAUAUUUGUGAUUUAUUUGUAUUGCAGUUUGGUACUCCUGCAUGUAACGCGUGUCUAUGAAAUAUGUAGCCAACAAUAAUAGAUAUUAAUUAAAAGA